AUGGCUCAGAAGCAGUUUGAAACAAUGCCUAAAGGAAUUGAGACUCUUUGUUCAGAUAUGCAAGUAGACCAUACUGAUGUCAGGAUAUUGAUGCUUGCUUGGCCACAAUGGGAAGGUGGUCAGUAUGGGGGUGAUGAAAACAUGCGAGCCAUUUCAAAAUCGAUUCAGAUCGGUGAAUCGAUUCAAAUCGCGAAACAGAUCGGUGAUUCAUCAGAGCGAUUUCAAAGCUCUCUCUCGAAAUCGAAAUCGAAUUUCAUCUCAGCGAUUCAGAUCGAAACUGUGCCGAUUAGAACCGUGAAUAGGCAGUGUUCUUCUGGUCUUCAGGCAGUUGCUAAUGUAGCUGCAGCUAUUAAAGCUGGAUUUUAUGAUAUUGUUGAGUCACAUAGGAAGGCUGCUGCUGCAACUGCCUCUGGUAAAUUUAAAGGGGAAAUAAUCCCCGUGGAUACCAAGAUUGUUGAUCCAAAAACUGGAGAUGAGAAACCCGUGACAAUCUCAGUUGAUGAUGGAAUUUGGCCAAACGCAAUGAUAUCAGACUUGGCAAAACUAAAGCCUGCAUUUAAGAAAGAUGGGGCAACCACUGCUGGUAUUUUUAAGCACUGCUGGUAUAACAUGCAUACAGAAACCCAAGGGAACAAGGACACACUACUAUACUGGGGGACAACCACUGCUGGUAUUUUUAAGCACUGCUGGUUAUACAUCAGAAAUCACGAAUUUCCUAUGACGAAAUUACAAAUGAUCUCUGCCCUCUAGAGCUUUUUCUAAGUUCAGGAACUGUUUCUUUAUCCAUCUAUUCUUUGGUGGCCGGAAUAUUUGGCAUGAAUAUUCCAUAUACAUGGAAUGAUCAUUACGGCUACAUGUUCAAAUGGGUAUGCCUGGAAUUUCACCUGUUAAAUUUGGCAAUAUAUUUGUUAACUGCGAGUUUUAAUUUUGACUUAA